UUGCAUUCGUAAAGUGAGCAUCUCUCAUCAUAUUAGAAACAUAUUCUUUAACAUGCAUGUUCGAGUUUCGCCUUUUUGCCGUAUUAUAUAUGCACAAAACAUCUAACUCAUUGGCCCAACAUCAAUGUGAUCCACUUUGCAGACAAUUUGCUCUCGUACGUAAAUUCUCGGGCGUAAAUAGUGUUGACGAAAAUGGGUGUCAUAUUUGUCGAACACAUGGGCGGCAUUCGCUUAUUCUCCUGUCUACAUUGUGACACAAAUCUUACAAACAGAAACCAAUUAAUAAGUACACGUUUUACGGGUGGUUCCGGAAGGGCUUUUCUCUUUCACAAAGUUGUUAACGUUAAGUACAGUGAAAUACAAGACAGAGUCAUGUUAACUGGUCGUCAUAUAGUUCGUGAUGUGAAUUGUAAAAACUGCAAUACAAAAUUAGGAUGGAUGUAUGAAUAUGCUCAUGAACGAAACCAAGAAUAUAAAGAGGGUAAAAUUAUUUUGGAACGGGCAUUUAUUACUGAAAGUGAUGGCAUAGAAGAAAAUAUUUAAUUUAUUAUAUUUACAUUAUAAUGAAAAAGUCACAUUAUUCUUAUAU